AUGAAAUAAAAGAGAUUGAAUGAUGAACAGGGUCAGUAAAUUAAAGUCUGAACACUACUGAUUUCCCAAUACAAAUGUCAACACUAUCAACAGAACCAAGCAGAGAAGUAAAUACGUUUCUAAAAUACCGGAUAAGUCAUUUAACUCGUUUAUAAUGUUUCAUGUAGAUUUGAAGUGAUCGUCAAGCAUUCAGGUGUAUAAAUUGCUAAUAUAGGAUUGUUGACCCUUUGUUCUAUUUUAACGCUGUUUGCACUUGUACUUACUGUGGAGACGAUGGCUUUUUCUGGUUUACAGCAUACAGAAUCUCUGCAGCUAGAAUAAUUGUUCUUUAAACAAACACAAACCAAAACACAGGCAGUAGACUCACAAUGACAGACUUUGGGCUGCAAAUCACCUUUCUUUGCGUUUCACAUGUUGGCGCUUUGCCAUAUUCUGUUGUAAUAGUUGCUGUUAUUGUUUUUUUUUUGGUGUGGGAUCCUACAAUUCCCUGUGUAUCUUUAUUUGGACACAUUUGAUUGUGCAGUCAUUUUUGAGUUAUGUUAGAGUCCAUGCCAUAAGAGUUUACCAGUAAGCAAUAUGACAGUCAUGUUUAGACUGCCUCCUCGAUGUCUGACUAACUAUAUGAUAUCAUACAAUGCUGUUUUUUACAAUUCUACCAAUUUUAUAUUAAUACUGAUAAACUCUCCCAUUAAAAGGAAGAUGUCAUUGACCCCAUAGAACAUUUUUUAUUUCCUAUAAUCGAAUGAUUGAUAAUUAAUAGAAGCUCAAUGACAGUUAGUGCAGUUGUCAUAUUGAAUCAAUCAAUUCAAUAUUGUGUUUUAAGAGAGAAAACAAGUUUCUAUUUGAUUUACCUGACUUGAAGAUAUUGUAAAACAGUAAAUGUAGAUAUAUUUCCAGUUGGGGGCCCUUGUCCCCUGCCCUGAUAUUACUUAUGUGAUGGCAGCGCUACGCUCCAGCAAGCAAUCAGCACUAAUACAAAUCACCUGUUGCUGUAGUAGAAGCGACAAGCUAUACUGAUGUGGACAGAAGAAAUGCUCUUUAUUUAUUUAAGUUCUUAUAGACGUACAUUACGACGUACAACUCUUAAUGUGGCGCACACACUGCAUUGGUAUAAGCUGUAAAAUUGAUACUUAAUAGAAAGGAAUAAUAUCACAUGUACAUUUUGACACGUUUUUGAAGAGCUCUUUGUAUUUAUUCUGGCAAAAUGUGUUUUACUAACUCACGUGUAACAGAUGACGACUUUGAUGUUAAUCGGUCUGUAUUUAUGUAUCGACUUUUUUUCACAUUUUGUACUAAUUGCAUUGUUACAAAAACUGUAUUUGUUGUAUUUCAUUGAAUUAAAAUAAAUGAAAGUAAGAGUGAAGCUGUUGUGCUGUCAUCAGAACUGUGGCGCACUUGCGUAACAGAACGCAGAAUACGGAACACAGAAAAGAACACAUUACAGUGUUAAUGCGGCGGGAAGUCUGAUAGGGAUUCCUAGGACGUCUCCAAGACACCAGAACCCUCCCGCCCCUCCCUCCGGCAGCUCUCUGCUCAAAAACAAGUGGACCGUGGAGCUGCUAGGGAUGAGAGAGAGAGAGAGGGGGCUCGAGAUGGUCUGCGCUGAUGUCGCUGCUUAAACUGCAAGUUGGACCGCAGCAGGAGGAUUCUUACAAGAUCUAAAGAUGCUCGGCCUUCAAAGCACCAAAGGAGAAACAAGGCACUUCUAAAGAUUGACUUUCCUGACAGUAAAACCUACAACAAUGAUUAGUGAUGGCUACUCCCUCGGCUCCUCAGAUUAUUGUGGAGAAGAACGCAGUCCCGGCGGGAGCAGAAUGUGGGGGAGACGUGGAUUUGCCUACAGACGACCAUCUCAUGAACUUGAAGGCGUUGACAGAGAAGCUGAGACUGGAAACCAGGAGGCCUUCCUACCUGGAGUGGAAAGCCCGCCUUGAGGCGGAAAGCUUCGGGGAAUCAAGUAGUGUAAAAUCCCCGAUCCAAGUGGAGCCUGAGGGGAACGUAGUCAGCCCCACAGAGACUGUCAUGAAGUCUGAUGUGAUUCAGUGCAAGUCAGGUGUUCUGAAAGGAUUUGAGAACAUUGAUGAAGCUCUCAGUUGGCUGAGGAGAGAACUGACUGACAUGCGCUUGCAGGACCAGCAGCUGGCGAGGCAGCUCAUGCGGCUCCGCAACGACAUCAACAAGCUGAAGAUCGAGCAGACGUGCCACCUGCAUCGCCGGAUGCUCAACGACGCCACCUUUGGCCUCGAGGAGCGGGACGAGCUGUCCGACCUGCUGUGCGAAUGCCCGGUCACGCCGGGCCUCGGCCUCUCGGCCCCGCUGAGACUCAUCGGCGUCACCAAGAUGAACAUUAACUCCCGACGUUUCUCCCUCUGCUAGUGGCAGUUUAUGGCAUUCAGGAAGAAAAUCCCCCCCCCCAAAAAAAACAAACAACAGAGCAGCCUGUCUAAUACUAUCCUUGGUCCAGUGCAACAUGGCAAUCCUGGCCGUUUGUGAGAUUGUGGUGAAAUCCUCUUGACCACGAUGUAGUGAGGAUGAACUUAGAUGUAACGUCUGUUUUUACAGUCCCUAUAAUCAAAGAGAGAGAUUUAGGUAAUGUGUAUUAUUUAGAACGAGUGCAGUAGGUACAUAUACUGUGUGUUUUCCUCUAGACUAUACAUGGCUUUGGCAGCUAUAUACAGAAAACCACAGCAGAUUUUAGACCUUUAGGCCAUCAUGACUUGAAACAGUAUACUUGCUGUUUUUAAACUACAGUGAAGCAUCUCAAGCUUAUUCCUGUCCACUUUCUUUUAACCCUUAUCAGUUAUACUGUCACCAGUUACCCUAUAUAGUAUAUUUCCAUAUACUUUGGUUGUUUUCUGGGGCUUUCGAGGUUUCUGUGGUAUUCUCUCUGUACGAUGUUUUCAGUGUGGAAAGAAUAUUUUUCUUUCCACGUACUGCACCAUAAUCUAAAUGUGUUGUGCUUUUCAAAAGAAGCCUUAAUGUUGAUACAAAUUGUACACUAAGUGCAUAUUUGUGUUAGCGAGUAGUAUUGUUUUUUUUGUAUGAAAAUUAGUUAUUCUUUGUCGCUAUUGUCAUAAUGGACUAGUUGGUGACCUCACAAUGGUUUCCAGUAAUUUGCUGAAGUCCACUCCUUAAAAGUAAAAGAUGUAUUUAGCUCUUGGCCAGAGCUCUGCCCUUUUGAUGCCCUAAUUGUUGAGUUCCAGCCAGGAAGUGGCUGUUUGAGAUGGCAUUGUUUGUCUGAAAGUUUAGUUCAUGGCUAAACAUGAAAUUACACGACUAUGUGGAUCUUGUUAUGAGAUCUAACAUUGGAGGCAACCUCUCCUCUCAUUUUCUUUGUGGGGGUCUGCAAUUUGAAAUGUGAGCAUAUGAAAGUUAAGUGACCUAUAGUCCUAAUGCACAGACCGUGCAACAAGAAACUGAGUUUCAGGGUUGUGGCCCAGAUUUAAUACAAUCUGAACAAAACCACAGCUUUAAACUCACUGCCUCACCAUCCAAUUUGUUUUCCACAACAGUGGUACCGAUAAAGUUGAUUGCCUCUUAUAACAACCACUGAAAUUACAAGGUUAAUACUGUGUCUACACAACUCAGACUGCUUCAACAUAAUCGUCAAGCCUUUGUCUCAGCAGUGUCCCAUGAACAGUGAGCCACAAUGCCACCUGGCAAGAAAACAACUAGUAUGUCAACAUGAUCUUGUGUUACUGAGCCCAUAAUAGACUGGAACAUACCUUAAUGCUGGUUUGGUCAAAUAUAAUACCUUAAAUGGGCCAUUGUUAGUGCUAGUAUGAUUACACAAAUGUACUGGAAAUAAAUAAAAAAAUCAAUUGAA